AUGCAGUUCUACCUCAUCUCAACACCCUUAGCAAGGUGCUCCAAAAAGAUCACACAUGCUACACCUUCAUCAGACCUGCACUUGAAAGCACCAAAUUCAGAAUUUCUCAAAUCCAGUCCUCCUUUGACCUUGUUUUUGAAUUGCAAACAGCCAUUCAGCCUGGUGGGGACUUAUGCUUGUUUGGAACUGGAGCUUAAAGAUGAUGGCCAGGUUGAAGCAUUCUUGAAAAAUCUUGUAGUUAACUACAUGACUGCCCUCGAGAGAAACCUAGAUAUAAGAUCGCAAGAGGCAGCACCCGUUCUUGAGGCGUUUUCCAUCUUCGAUCCGAGCUGCCUUCCAAAGCUAGAAGACCCAGCCUUCAAGAAGUAUGCUGUGGAUGAAGUAAAAAUGCUAUGCAAGCAGUUUCAGUUUGACAAAGAUCACACACUUGCACAGUGGUAGACCUUCAAGUACCAGAUGUCAUCAUGGAAGGUACCCUCUGCUGUUCUCCGGGAGAAAGAUGACCAUUCUCCAACUGAGUUCAUUCUAAGAAAAGUUGUUUAAGAGCAGGUGGCUCACAGAAUCAACUUUCAACAAAUUGUGGAUGCUGCUCAGACUUGCCUCACCCAGCCCAUGUCUAAUGAAGUUGUGGAACGGGCUGCAAGUGCAGUGAAGAGGGUAAAGACAAGGUUGAGAAGUCGACUCAAGAAUGACACGAUGGCCAGCCUACUUCACAUUUCUGUCAAUGGCCCUAAUCAUGACACUGAAGAGUGCAGGGAGAUGCUUACAGAAGCAACCAAAGUCUGGAGAAAAACGCACUUCAGAAAUCUGCCAUCACCUAAGAAGCUCCCAAUGGUUGGAGGAUCAGACCAUGAUGGCCGUCUUCACCAUCCAGCCACAAAGACUGACAUUGGUAUACAGGUGGAAUUUCCAGAUGACCUUCAGGCCUCUAGAACUGAAGCCCAAGAAGAUGGUGAAGUAACUGUGGAAACUGAACUUGAUGCUCAAGUUCAGGUUGUAGCUCAAGCAGUUGCCAGCAAUGCUGAUUUGUGUCAUGACACACUGGAUGCCAUGGAUAUGGGAGAUGUUGAAUUUGGUAUUGAUUCAGACUUU